CAGGGCGGAAGCAAAACCACCUUGACAACAAACACGAUCACCUCGUGAUGCCGCUGGCUUCUCUCCCCCACACGCGCACGUCCCCCUCCCCCUGCAAACAACCAACGAGCCACAGUCCGUCCGCCUUUCCCGCGCCUCAUUCGGGCGUGUCAAAGGUAUGCAGAAGCACGAAACACGCGGGCCUUAGCCCAAAACACAGGGCCCCGUUGCGAGUUUCUGGGCCUGAUGGUGUGUCGAUGUCGAUCGGAUGUGCCUGAGCAUGGGGGUGCAAAGAUGGAUUGCUUGUUGAUGUGUAGUUGUAUUACCAUUCCCCGUUCGUCUCACCAGCAUGUCCACCUCGCCCCAGCGCUACGAAGAGGGCGAAGACGAGCUCAUCUCCUCGCCCGAGCUGCCUCCAGCCCCCGCCCCGGCCCAGCCACCCGUCAGACCUUUCGCCCACCGCCCGCCCCCGCUCGACGACGACCCCACCAGCGGCAUCACCCACAUCGACCCCAACGACCCCUACCCCCGCCGCCCAAUUAUAACUCCAACCAACAAAUUCAACCUCCGCCCCCCGCCCUCCCCGUCCGACGACCAAGACGAAGAACGCUACUCCUUCUCCCCCAUCUCGGACGAUGACGAGGAUGACUAUAUCAACCUUCCUCCGCUCACUUAUCCCCAACCAGACGACCCGGUGGUGCAGGCGCUGGGGGUAGCAGCGUCGAGCGCGGCAAUCGCGAAUGGCCAUGAAGAGUUUAGCAUCUCGCACGAGGAUAUGCGGCGGUAUCGAACCGGGGCAUUUGUCAGGCUGUCGUGCGAUGUGGAAGGGCCCGUCAGCAAGGAAGCGCUCAGCCAGAUGACGGUCAGCGAGGCGGUCUGGCGAAAGUGGGAAGAAGUGGGUGGGCUUGCGAAGGGUGCUGGAGGGCUGUUUCGCUACGCGUAUGAUAAGGGUGGGCGGGAGUACCGACCCGAAAUGACACAUAUCCAAGCCAUCCGCCUCGUCAUCGCAGCCUCCCCUCGCCGCAUGAUGACCCUCGCCCAAAUCUACCAAGCGAUCGAAGAACGUUGGCCAUGGCACAAGACAGCCGGGUCCACGUGGAAAAACUCUAUCCGGCAUAACCUCUCACUCAACGACUGUUUCGUCAACGCCGACAGGCCCACUCAUGAAGGCGGCAGCGGGAAAGGCGGUUACUGGGUCGUCAACGACAAGCUAUCAGGGAAGACAGCCCGCAAAGGCAAACCCCGCACCCAACUAUCCUACCAAGACGACCUCUACACCACCACCCCCACCACCCCCUUCUCCCUCACUCCCCUCUCCGCCACGCACUUUCCACCCGUAUCCCCCAUCGACCGCAGCACGAUCCCUGCAGGAUACUCUCUCGACCGGCAGCAUGUUGGGCAGGUGCCACCGGGGUAUACGGUGGAUUAUAUGGGCAAGCUUUUGAAGGGCGUGAAGCAUCCAAAAAGGCGGUAUGCGCAGGAAGACGAUUCUUUUUCUUCUUCUUCUUCUUUCGACGACGACCUCCCUCCCCACGGCCAAUCCCCAAAAAAAUCAAGACCGUCCCUCCCCGCUUCUUCUUCUUCCACAACAAUCCCCCAACGCACCAGAAAACACCGCGCCCGCAACUCUGUCUUUCCCUCCAUCCCCAUCGAGCUGCCCGUCAGAGGUCCAAAUUGGGAACCCCGGGAAAAGGUGCAUCGGCCGUUCGUGAGGCCGGAUUGGGAUAUGCCUUUGGAUAACCCGAGGGGAGGGGUGUGGAAUCAGAUACCUGUGGGUUUUGGGGAGUCUAGGGAGAGGGAAGUUGGGCGGGAUGAUGCUGAGGCAGGCACAAGUCGGGACGCCGAAGGCAGCGGAGGUGGGGGAGGAAGUAAUGAUGGACAAGGAAAAGGAUGGACAUCAAACCAUCCCCGGCUCGAAACCCGUUCUUCCAGACACCAAUCCACCCACUCCAUCCACCCUCCUCCCUCUCCCUCAUACCCCACCCCAAACACAUCGCACUGGCCGGCGGGUGGGGGAGGGGGUGUGGGGUUGGGCAUAGGUCUGCCGGGGUGGGAUAGCGGGAUCCCACGUGCUGCGGACUCGCCUGGUGGUAACGCUUCCCCCGCAGGAGGUUCAUCGAGAGAGGGUAUUCCACCUCCUCCACCAGCCCUCUUGAACUCUCCUACGCAGGCAGCUGUCCCCCAGACACCCCUGACGGCCUCUCACUUCUCCCCUCUUUCCUUGCCAUCCAAUCCCAGAGUCCGCCCUCCCCCGCUCUCCCUAUCCGUAUCCAUCUCCCCAAACCAGCACCUCAUCCCCCAGCCCCAAGCCCACCCUCAGAACCAAAACCAAUCCCUGCCUCCCCUAACAUCAGUCAUCUCCAAAGCCCACCGCGACCCUGCCUCAGCGCGGAGAAAGACGAAAGAAGAGCUGAGGGAGGAGAGGGAGAGGAAGGAGAGGAGGGUGGAGAGGUUGAGGAAAGAGGGGGUUGCGUUUCAGGCUGCGCAGGCUCAAGCCCAAGAUCAUGGUCAAGCCCAAGGUCAGGCUCCGUAUAUGCCAGGGCAAGGACAGCAGAUCCAAGUGAGCAUGCGGGGACGAGAAGGGCAACCAAACCAAAGCGGGCAGGAGCAGAUGGAAGGGAUGGACGAGAUGAACGGGAUGGGCGGGGAGACGGAGUGGAGGAGGCAGAGGGAUGAGCAGCUUGAAUGGGCGGCGGCGGAGGGGGUGCAGGGGGUAGAGCUGCUGGCGUUGGCUGCUGCUGAAGUGCGGAAGUAG